GAGUCAUUUCCAAGAAGGGAAACUCCCAGUGGCUGAAAACGGAGAAAGUGAAACUUAACUCGGGACUUUUGCCUGAGGGAGCCAUGGCUGCUGCAGGGGGUCACAUCCAGCGUCUCCGUGAUGAAGCCACUUGCUCCAUCUGCCUGGAUUACUUCAAGGAUCCAGUGACCAUCCCAGAGUGUGGGCACAACUUCUGCCGAUCCUGCUUGGUCCUGUUCUGGGGGGAAUCAGAGGCAGAGGCUUUCUGCCCUCACUGCAGAGAAAGAGUCCAGAGAAGGAGCCUCGUCUCCAACAGGCAACUGGCUAACGUGGCAGAAAUAGCCCAGAAUCUCAGCCUUCAAGAGGGAAAGGAGGAAGGAGGGAAAGGAGGAGUCUGCGAGAAGCACCAGGAGCCCCUGAAACUCUUUUGCAAGGAGGAUGAAGCCCCCAUCUGCCUGGUGUGUGACAGAUCCAAGGAGCACAAACACCACGAGGUGAUUCCUCUGAAGGAGGCUUUUGAGGAAUACAAGGCAGAGAUCUGUCGCCGCCUGGAGAUUCUGAGGAAAGAGAGAGAGGAAAUUCUGGCCCAUCAAGCAGCCCUGGACAAGGAAAGCAAAGACCUCCUUAAAUUAACAGAAAUGGAGAGGCUGAAGACCGUGGAGAAGUUCAGAGAAUUGCGCCAGUUCCUGGAAGAACAAGAAAAACGUCUGCUGACUAACGUGGAAGAGGUGGAGAAGGAGAUUGCAGGGAGAAGGGAUGAGCAGCUGGCCAAACUCUCCAGGAAACUCUCCUCUCUUGAGAGGAUCAUCCAGGAGAUGGAGGAGAAGCGUCAGCAGCCAGCGAGUGAACUCCUGCAGGAUGUGAGAAGGACCUUGCAGAGGUAUGAGGAAAGAGAGAGUCCAGAGAAGCCACUGGCUUUCCCUCCAGAGCUGAGGAACAGGAUCUUGGAAUCCUGUGAUCUAAAUCACCUUGUGGAGGAUGCAAUGAAACAAUUUAAAGAUGCUCUGUUAUACAGAAAACCGAUUCAGAAAGCAAAUGUCACUCUGGAUCCAGACACAGUCCAUCCUGAACUCAUCCUGUCCGAGGAUCAGAAAAGCCUGAGAUGGGGAGAGAAACCUCAAGCCCUGCCUGAUAAUCCUGAGAGAUUCAGUGGCUGGCCUUGUGUGUUGGGACGUGAGGGAUUCACAGCAGGCAGACAUUUCUGGGAAGUCACUGUGGAAAGUGGGGAAGGGUGGGCUUUGGGGGUCGCCAAGAAGUCUGUGGAGAGAAAGGGCAGCUUCUCCUUAAGCUUUGUCGACUUCUGUCCUGAGAGAGGGAUCUGGGCUGUGGGGAAGUGGGAAAGCGAGUACUGUGCCUGCACCUUCCCUGAUGACUCUCCUCUGUCCCUGAGUGAGGAGCCCAGGAGGAUCCGGGUGACUCUGGACUAUGAAGGGGGACGUGUGUCUUUUUCUGACGCUGACUCAGGAGCCGAACUCUACACGUUCUCAGGAGCCUCGUUCUCUGGAGAGACCCUCCUCCCUUUCUUUCGUCUGGAUGACUUUGCAACCCCCCUCAUUAUCUCCUGAGGAGACUAAAUCUGCCUCUCAGGCCCAGCAGGAGUUUCUUUCCAGACCAGAGGGACUGACAUAAAAACCAUUUACCCGCCAAGAGCAGGUUGGGCAGUUUUCCAAGGGCCCUUUGAGAGGAUUCAUUCCAGUCAAAAUCAGCAGAAAUAACCAAACAAAAAUGGGUUGCUCUUGCUUUGCAUUUUCCUUCCUUUUCCCAGAAAUCCCUCUGCAGCUUACUUCUUAAAGAGACAGUCACACUUUUAAGAGUCCUAAUAAAUUUUCUCACCUUCAA